GUUAAUCUCACCUUUGGUAUUUAGUGUAGAUGGAGUAUGCAAGUGAAGAGGAGGUACACGCAUUGCUCUUUUAUUGCCAGAUCUCUCAAACGGCGAGAGACUAUCAAACCUAAGAAAUAUUCAAACAACAACAAACAGCCUCAAAUAUUCACAAUGAGUGAGAAUGCAAUAACAUCAUCAACAACAACUUUGGGGCCAUUGUCUGGAGCCUUGGGAGCACAUGUACUGCCAUCAUCUGCAGCAACGGCAACGAAUAGCACCAGCCGUUAUUAUGACAUGAAUAUAAGGAUAAACGAAGAUCUGACAGCCUCAGCUUCCGAAACUGGGCAACUCAAACAUGUCAUCAAUGAAAAGAUCAAAAACAAAGAAUUUUUCUAUGGCCUUGAAAUUAUGGCCCGCACCUAUGAACCCAAUGUUGUAUUGGAUUAUAAAUCUUUGGGUCCUUUGAUGCCUUUAUUCACCUCUAUUGUUUGGCUGGGCAUGGACUAUUGGCAAGUGGAAAACUUAGCAGAUAUAGGAGCCAUAAAUUUGGCGCGACAAAUAAAACCCCAUAUGAUGGUGUUGCCACAUUUUUCCUGUUAUCGCCUGACUGAAGAUAGACUGAGAAAAUUUUUGGACUUAAAUUUCCCCAAUGUUCUAAGUGUGCGAGGAGAUUAUUAUGACACACAGCAGGCUUAUAAAUAUUCUUCGGAAUUGGUAACGGCUAUAAGGAGCAUAAGGGGAGAUACUAUAACUAUUGGAGUUGCUGGCUAUCCUGAGGGUCAUCCAGAAUGCAAAUCGGUGGAAGAAGAUAUGGAUAAUUUGGUUAGAAAGGUUUCAGCAGGUGCAGACUUUAUAAUAACACAAAUUUGUUUUUCAUCUCGAGCGAUCAUUGACUUCAUUCGACGAUGCCGUGCCAAAGAUAUUAAAAUCCCCAUUUUAGUGGGUAUUUUUGUGCCGGACAACUUUCGCAUGCUGGAGGCAAUGUUACGUAUAACCCAAAUUCGAAUGCCCGCAGUGGAAUUGGAAGAAUAUCGACAACAUUCCAUAUUGGGUAGAGCACAAUUUACAGAAUUUGCCAUAGAAAGAGCGGCGGAAAUGAUUGAUGCCAUAUUACAUAGCAAUGAAGUGGAGGUGUAUGGUUUGCAAUUUUUCUCAAUGAAUAAAUUUGAAAAUAUACCAAAAGUUUUGGAAAAAAUUAUGCAAAAUAAAAAUAAUAUCUAAAACAAUGAAAAAAAGAAUUAAAUUGCAAAUUUUAUAUAAACUAAAAAUCUUUCCAAGCACUUGGUCCCAUGUUCUUAUGAACAUACAAAGUAGUGUGCACAA